AUGACGGCGACUGAUAACACGGUUCGCUUCAGCGAUCACACGCUCGAUAAGGCAACGAAGGCGAAGGUGACACUGGAGAACUACUACAGCAAUCUGAUCACACAGCACGGCGAGCGGAAACAGCGCCAGGCGAAGCUGGAAGCAUCACUAAAGGAUGAAACGCUGUCCGAGUCCCAGCGACAAGAGAAGCGAAUGCAGCACGCCCAGAAGGAGACGGAAUUUUUGCGCCUUAAACGGUCCCGGCUAGGGGUGGAAGAUUUCGAGGCGCUCAAGGUGAUCGGACGGGGCGCAUUCGGCGAAGUGCGCCUCGUGCAGAAAAAAGACACCGGGCACGUGUACGCGAUGAAGGUCCUGCGCAAAGCGGACAUGCUCGAGAAGGAACAGGUGGCCCAUGUACGGGCAGAACGGGAUGUACUGGUGGAGGCUGACCAUCAGUGGGUGGUGAAGAUGUACUACAGUUUUCAGGAUUCGGUAAAUUUGUAUCUCAUCAUGGAGUUCCUGCCGGGUGGCGAUAUGAUGACGCUGCUGAUGAAAAAGGACACCCUAUCGGAGGAGUGUACACAGUUCUACAUCGUCGAGACGGCACUGGCGAUCGAUUCGAUCCAUCGGCUCGGUUUCAUACAUCGCGACAUUAAGCCGGACAAUCUACUACUGGAUGCGCGCGGCCAUUUAAAGCUAUCCGAUUUUGGUCUCUGCACCGGGUUGAAGAAGUCGCACCGUACCGAUUUCUACCGUGAUUUAUCGCAGGCAAAACCGUCCGAUUUCAUCGGCACCUGUGCGAGCCCGAUGGAUUCGAAGCGACGGGCCGAAAGCUGGAAGCGGAAUCGGCGAGCACUUGCGUACAGUACCGUCGGCACACCGGACUACAUUGCGCCGGAGGUGUUUCUUCAGACGGGGUACGGGCCGGCCUGUGACUGGUGGUCGCUCGGUGUGAUCAUGUACGAGAUGCUGAUGGGCUACCCACCAUUCUGCUCGGACAACCCGCAGGACACGUACCGGAAGGUAAUGAACUGGCGGGAAACACUCAUCUUUCCGCCGGAGACGCCCAUCUCGGAGGAAGCCCGUGAUACGAUAGUGAAAUUUUGCUGUGAAGCCGAACGACGACUCGGUUCGCAGCGAGGAAUUGAGGAUCUGAAGCUAGUGCAAUUUUUCCGUGGUGUCGAUUGGGAGCACAUACGAGAGCGACCAGCGGCCAUCCCUGUGGAAGUGCGCUCGAUUGACGAUACAUCGAACUUUGACGAAUUUCCGGACGUAGCACUAGAGAUACCCGCCCACCCGCAACCGGAAGGGGAAGUGCUCAAGGAUUGGGUGUUCAUCAACUACACCUUUAGACGGUUCGAAAGCCUUACACAGCGCGGUACACCGACGAAAAAGUGA